AUGCAUGCUGGACAUAUCGAGGUCGAUCCCGACAUCAAUGGCAACCUGUUCUUCUGGCAUUUCCAGAAUCGUCAUAUCGCGAACCGACAACGCACUGUGAUUUGGCUGAAUGGUGGUCCAGGUUGUAGCUCCAUGGAUGGUGCAUUGAUGGAAAUUGGGCCCUAUAGACUCCAGGACGACCAUACGUUGAAGUACAACGAGGGCAGGUGGGAUGAGUUUGCCAACCUGCUCUUCGUCGAUAAUCCCAUCGGCACCGGUUUUAGCUAUGCGAACACCAAUAGCUAUCUUCAUGAGCUGAAUGAGAUGGCCGCUCACUUCAUCACCUUCUUGGAAAAGUUCUUUGAACUGUUUCCCGAGUAUGCGAACGAUGACCUAUAUCUCGCUGGUGAAUCAUACGCCGGCCAGCACAUCCCAUAUAUUGCAAAGGCCAUUCAAGAUCGUAACACGGGCGUUGCGGAGAAUGGAGGCACACAGUGGCCUGUCAAGGGUUUGCUGAUUGGUAACGGUUGGAUCUCUCCUACAGACCAGUACCCUUCGUACCUCAAGUUCCUCGAGAGGGAAGGCCUCGCCAAACCAGGUACAGCUCUUCAUGACAACUUAAACGCACUCAAUGAUGUCUGUCUCUCGAAGCUGGAGACCGCCGGCGCAAAGAACAAGCUGGAUAUAGGCGAGUGCGAGCUAAUUUUACAACAAUUCCUCGAUCUCACCACCGAAAAUCACCAGUGUUACAACAUGUACGAUGUCCGUCUCAAGGACGAGGCCAAAUCAUGUGGCAUGAAUUGGCCCCCCGACCUGAAAAACAUUGAGCCAUACCUCCAGCGACCGGACGUCGUCAAAGCCCUGAACAUUAACCCUGCAAAGAAAUCCGGCUGGACCGAAUGCGCAGGUAUGGUCCACCAGGCCUUCACCGCAAAGAACUCCAUCCCCUCUGUCCACCUGCUCCCAGGCCUGAUCGAAUCGGGCAUCAACGUUUUGCUCUUCAGCGGCGACAAAGACCUCAUCUGCAACCACAUCGGAACAGAGACUCUGAUCCACAACAUGAAAUGGAAAGGUGGCACCGGCUUCGAAACCUCCCCCGGCGUCUGGGCCCCGCGGCAUGACUGGACCUUCGAAAAUGAACCCACUGGUAUCUACCAAUCCGCCCGCAACCUCACCUACGCGCUCUUCUACAACUCCAGCCACAUGGUUCCAUUUGACAACCCUCGCCAGAGCCGUGACAUGCUCGACCGCUUCAUGAAGGUCGAUAUCGCCAGCAUCGGCGGCCAGCCUUCGGAUUCACGUAUCGACGGCGAGAAAUUGCCUCAGACUGCUGUCGGCGGACAGUCUAACAGCACUGCUGCCGAACAGAUUGAGAAGGAGAGGCUGAAGCAGACGGAGAUGCACGCGUAUGCCAAGUCCGGCGAGGUUGUCCUCGUGGUUGUUAUUAUCGGUGUUGUCGCCUGGAGCUUUUUCAUCUGGCACAGUCGUCGUGAUCACCGAGGCUACAAGGGCGUCUCGAAUGAUGAUUUAUCGGAUAGUACAACCAUUCUCAACAGAUUCCAGAGCAAGCGUUCAGGUCCUGACGUCGAAGCUGGUGAUUUCGAUGAGUCCGAGCUUGACCAGCUUCAUUCUCCUGGUGUUGAGCGAGGGGAUUACGCUAUGGGUGAAGCUAGUGAUGGUGACCAUGUCUCGCGUCCGGAAACUCGUGGAAUCCGCCAGACUUCAUAA